GGGACCCCGCAGCGCCACGGUCCCGCCUACAACCGCGGGCCCCAGGCCUACGGGCCCGUGCUGCUGGCCCGCCGCCACCUGCACCAGGAUGCUGACCCUUCAGAGCGUGUCCUGGUGCCUAUGCGCUGGGGACUGGUCCCGGCCUGGUUCAAAGAAGAUAAUCCUUCCAAGAUGCAGUACAGCACCUUCAACUGUCGCAGUGACACCAUGAUGGAGAAACUCUCUUACAGGGGCCCUCUUGUCAAGGGCAGGCGCUGCGUCGUGCUGGCGGAUGGAUUCUAUGAGUGGCAGCAACGCAAUGGAGAGAAGCAGCCCUAUUUCAUUUACUUCCCACAGACUAAGCAAGAAAUGUCAGACAUGAAGGAAGAAGAGGGCAAUGAGGAGGAGGAAUGGAAAGGCAAGAAGUUACUCACCAUGGCUGGGAUUUUUGAUUGCUGGCAGCCUCCCAGUGGAGGGGAUCCCUUGUACACCUACACCAUCAUUACAGUGAAUGCUUCCAAAGCCAUAAGUUUCAUCCAUAACAGGAUGCCAGCUAUCCUAGAUGGGGAUGAGGCCAUCAGGAAAUGGCUGGAUUUUGCAGAGGUGCCAACCCAGGAAGCAGUUAAGCUUAUACAGCCCACGGAGCACAUCACUUUCUACCCAGUGUCCACCCUGGUGAGCAACUCCCGGAACGACACACCAGAAUGCCUCGCUCCCAUUGAGCUAGGACUCAAGCAGGAGACCAAAGCCAGCGCCAGCAGUAAAAUGAUGCUGGAUUGGUUAAAAAACAAAUCUCCCAAGAAACAGGAAGACGACCUGCCCAGGUGGUCCAGUCAGUUCAUCCAAGCUGCUACACCCAAAAGAACCAGUGCGAAUGUAAUGCACCAGUGGCUGAAGAAAGAGGAAGGAGAAUCUCCUGCUAAGAGGCCCAAGAUAUAGGAGCCAGUCUGGCCAUUUGGAGGUCAUUCCCUGUUUCCAGUUCCUAAGGAGAUGCGACACGUUAUCUUGUUAGGCCCUGCAGAUUGGUGCUGAGAUUCCCAUGACUUUGCUGCAUGGAGCAUUUCAAUUUGAUCCCUUGUAUUGAUUUGAUGGUGUAGCUCAGUGUUCCCAUUGUCUUGUAUGUUUCCUGACUCAGGAGGGUGGUGUUGACUUUGUCUUCCACUAGGCAGGCACGGUCACUUCCCACAGCUGUUCCCCCCCCCCCCCCCCCCGCGUGCAUUGCUGGCAGUGACUUUGCUGUGGGAACACCUAUAUACCAAAUACGUAUGUGAUGGUGAGAGAGGCACUUGACCCUCUGGACAGGGACCAGUGACUAUGGAAUAUCUGAAGGUUAAUUUCUCUCCUGCCCUGGUAUUCCGCAGAUUCUCCUUUCUAUCGUGCCAGCUGGCACCUAUCUUCUUUACAGUGUCUCCUUGACGCUGCUGAUGCUGGAAGACAUUUGCAGCUGGGAAUUUAACCAAAGGGCCAACAGCAAGUUAAUGUUUCAGUGAGACAUUCCCCAUCCUUCUCGCCUCCCCUUUGUCCAAGGCCUGGAAAUUCUGUGCUAACUCCCUCUUGCUUUGCCUUACAGCAUUCAGAAAUGCCAUAGCACUAUGGCAGGGGGAUUCUUGGGCUAUAUGUGGAGAAGAGGAAGGUUGUAUAAAUAGAUAUUAAGGGAACAGGGUCCUAUUAAAACUCAGGAAGCUUUCUGUUGUAGAACUGAGGAGGAUUAGAGAGAGAGAGAGAGAGAGAGAGAGAGAGAGAGAGAGAGAGUGUGUGUGUGUGUGUGUGUGUGGGGUGACAUACACAAAGUGAUCCUCAUUAACUCAGUUUUGCUGGCAAACGUUAAAAAAGUGCCUUUACCUUAAAUUGUUUUUAUGACUCAUUGCCUGUCCCAUUUCUGACAAGCUGACCUGCCUUCAAGGAGCCUGCGUGCUAAGCCUCAGGGGCUUUUCUCACUGGCAUUAUAAUAUUUUGUGCCAGUUUCUUAGACUGUCUCUAUGUCAGAUUUUUUAGCGCUACAUGAGAUUUUUCCCCUCAGAUUUUCUACUGCUGCUGCUCUCUGCAGCAUCAGCAGGAGAAGUUCUAAUUUCAGUGAGGAGUCAGCAUUUUAACCACUGUUAACCUUGCUCUAAGCAGGGUUAGAUGAAACAUUGGAAAAAAUGGGGCAUUGGAUAUUGCCUGCAUGAUGGCCCUUACUGCCAGUAACAGCUGGAUGUGGUGAAUUUGAGGAGAAAAGAUUUUCAGAAGGGCUGAGCAUAUUGGCAAAAUCUUAGCAGGGUUCCAGAAAGUGAUGACUGGGUUUUAUCCAUCUCCUUGGGCAGUCAUGAGUCUUCAUCUCAUAGCCUUUAUUUUUUCCUUUGGGGUGGGGAACGGGUCUUGGUCAUGUUGUUUGUGGUGCUGUUUUGUUAGCGCGGUUUUAAGAGAGUGUUUUUCUGAACUCUCCAUUCAGCGAGCUAACAAUUACUCUUUUGAGUAAGAUGGUCAGAGUUAGCUUUGAGCUGUACCUGAUUAGGAAAGUGCAUGCCAUUACAGUCCAGAUCACUAGAGUACCACUAAAGUAACUUGCAUUUUUUUGUCUUUGUCUGAUUGGACACCAUUGGAGUCAGAAGUGAAAGCAAAGACCUUAGUGUGUGGGGGCUGCUCUGUAAAGCCUUGCUUGUUUGCUUCUGACACAAUAGUUUGUAGAAAAUAAAGCAAUGGAUUUGUCUGUGAGGUGUCCCAUGCAUGUGUGUGUCUGUCUGUACCAGGUGGCAGGCUCAGAACAUCCAUUCAUCAACCAGCGUGAAGAGCAUGGUUUCCUCACUUCUGGCGGAAAAGAAUAAGAUGACUCUGGAAGGGGAUAGUGGGCAAGAGGGAAGCGAGGGAGGCUGUUGGUGGAAUAAAGUUCUGAAGAGGUAGGGAGGGGCUAUUUGCUAAUGAAACUAUUCUGGGAAGGCCCAUGUUGAAGGCAGCUCUCCAAACUGCUUGUUCAGAGAGCUUUACAGAGGCUUUCUUGCUGCUGGAGAGACUUUUGGGCAGCCCCUGGAGUAAGGCAACAUGCAGGUUGCCUGGAUGCUGGUCAAGAUGCUAGAGCUGCCCGUGCUGUGAGGAGGGAAGGCCCUUUAAGAGCUUUGGAUCCAAUGUGUGAUCUUACAUCUGAGUCCUGAGUCCAGUACACACCACUGAUUGGGGAAAAUGCUCCACUGAGCCAUGUAGGGAACCAGGAAAGGAACCUCUCUUGCUGCCUGCUCCAUGGAUUUAGGUCUUCCCUCAUUCUGUGCUUAGGAGAAACCAGGCAGAGGCAGCUUUGCAGCCCCUUCCACAUCCCCUCCAGCAUUCAGCUGCCAAGGUGAACAAAUUGCUGUUUAUCCCAGGCCUGUUCCAGACUGUCAAAAUAACAGGUCUUGAUUUGUAGUCCCUGGGCCCGUUGCCUCAGCACCAUCUACGGGCUUCUGUAGGCAGAAGACAAAACAUGAGAAAUGGAUUCCUUUCUGUGCCAAGCAUUUUCCUCCCAAGGCAGAACAACUUUGCUGCACUCUCCCUCCUUGCUGCAUUGGCUGCAGAUGAACAACCAGUACAGAACAGCCUCUUCAAGCCAGCCCAAGCAGGCACUCAGGAGUUCCUCUGAAGUACUUUGUGGCUAUUAAAGGAGUGAACAGACACCCAUCUACUGUAGACUACAUUGGUGUCUCCCUUCUCUAGCCUUGGGCUGCUGGAAACUUCCCU